AUGCGCUUACAUCGCAGCGGUUUGCCACCUCAUAGUAGCUGGGAGGUGUUCCUAAGUGUCGGACUGCGACGUACAGCGGGGGGAUUCGUCCCCCCGACAGGGUCUCCCAAGCUGAGAAGGAGUCCGGUCGAUUCCAUUAUUCGCCAGUGCUUCCAAACCCUUUGCAAGGACUGGAUGUCUGAAUGCCACUGGUACUGCGAUGCUGUCAAGGAUCAGGUUAGUGGAAUUCUUACUUGUCGCGUCUACCGAUCGCUAUCCUAA